CGAUUUCGGAACAAACCUUAUAAGAAGAGAGGUUAGCAUUGCUUGAAGCUUCUUCAUCAGCGGGUAGUUUCAUAUGCUUGUUAAACAUUCGGAAAACACGUUUUUGAAAAAUAUUGAGAAUUUAUAAUUGAGAGAAAUCUCAGGCAUCCGAUAGCUGCUUAUAACACAACACUAUAUAGUCUCUGCUUAAACAUGUUAGAAAAAAUGAUUUUACCUUGUCAAACAAUGAUGAAAACGAUAAGUGAUUCUUUAACAACAGAUUCGAAAGUUGCACUAGCAGUUGCAUUUACUUUUGGUUAUCUUAUAGACACAAUUUUAAGGAAUGUAGUUUUUAAACGUCUGAGGACACCUAAAUACAAUAAGGACUACUUGGACUGCUUAAGUGAAACUUCAUCAGAUGAAGAAGAUUAUGAGGAUGAAGAUGAUGAAUAUCAGCAUUAUAAUAGUAACAAUGAUACUCUGAAAUAUGAAGAUUACAAGAUGGUUUUAGCAAUAAAUUCAAAUUUGAAAAUGGGAAAGGGCAAAGUGGCAGCGCAAUGUGCCCAUGCUGCCGUUGCAGCAUACAAAAUCGCUCUUAUGAAAAAUCCAUUAAUCUUAAAAUAUUGGGGAAUGGCAGGCAACAUUAAAAUCACUCUUAAGGCGGAUGACGAGAAUGCACUUAAAGAUUUAGCACAGAAAGCUAAAAAAGCAAAUCUUAUCACGAAAAUUAUACAAGACGCGGGUCGUACGCAAAUAUUACAAGGAAGUAGAACAGUAUGUGUAAUUGGACCAGGUCCAUCCAAAUUAGUAGAUGAGAUAACUGGUAUGUUGAAAUUGUAUUAAUUGCUUAUGAAAUAAAAAUUGUUUGUUUUUAUUA